AUGCAUUGAGGCUUUUAACUAAAGUCGGGAAGAGAUUUCGACAGCCACGAGCGAUACGAGCAGAAGCAUGGACAGGCAGAGCAGAUCGAGUGUACAAGUAACCAAUUAUUGUAGUUGUGAAGCUACAAGAUUGAGGCCAACGCUUGCCUCGAACAAUUGUUCGGAGUAUUAGCCUGUCUGCUUGUCUCAAAAGAAGAAAAGCACUUUUCAGUUCACUUUCGAUGGUCAAUCAGUCAAGACACGUUCAGCUCGUGACGUCCUUGCUAAAAGCAAUUUGUAUUAAUAACAAACCUAUGUGAUCUUGCAGAGAGUGAGAGCACGGCUUGAAGAAGGUUCUCAAAACAAACAAUAAUCGCUCACUAAAAUCGGCAGCUCGUUACCAAAAAGUUUCGCGAGAGCGCCGCGCACGCUCACUAUUCCAAAAGAAACUUAAACGAACCUUCAUUUCGGCUAGCUUCGUCCAACGCUGUUAAUGUAUUUUUACAACAAGCCGCGCCGCGCAACCGCAAUUCGAAUUUGUGCUAUCGCACAAAUCGGUCGACACUGCUUGCGUACGUUACACACUCGCCCACUUACUGGGUAAGGAAACAAGUCACGGCAUACAAAAAACGAAUUUUAGCUCGCUGAUCGUUGAAUAACACACAGAAAUACCGCAAUAGUGCACGGUGCCCGUAAAUAAGGAAAGUAAAAGUGUUCCUCCUCUGGUUGUUUGUUCAUUUAUGGAGGUCCGAAGUUACGAAACACUUGUAGAAAUAUUCAUAGCACAAGUAUAACGGCCAAAAUUGGAAAGUAAAAGAGAAUAACAGAAGCGUGAAUGAAUUGUUAACUUGGUCAGUUUUUCGAAUUCGUUAGUAACGGUUAAUUUACGUCCUGCAGUUUCCUUCAAACAAUUUGUAUAAUUUUGGGUCAUACAGUUAACAUUUGAUUAUAUAAAAAAAAAAUAAAUAAAGAUACGAGUUGAAGUGAAAACUGUUAAAAAAAUGUCAACUAGCCAGUGGGUGCUAAUUGGUAUUUGCCCCAUAUUUUUUGAAAAUGCACUAAGUCAAAAAUAACAACAACUCACGAAUAAAAAUCCAAACGAAGUGUGUAUCAAAAACCGAAGAAAAUUUGUAAAUACAUAUAUAUAUUUACUUUUCCAUAAGUGUAUGCAAGUUAUUCUACAUUUUGUCCACAAUGUACCGUCCUCUGGUGCCUAUAUCGGUGAAUGCAAACAUUGGCUUUUAUCUCGCCAUUUUAGUGACUUUAUUGAAUGUGUCGGAAUAUGGCGCCGCGAUCAGUAAUGGCGAUCUGCCCAAAACCACUAACACUUCGUUGGCAGCAAUGAUGUCCAGCCAUAGCGCCAUCAAUCUUCAGCUGCCCGAGUCGAAAGCUGAUGAAAUGGUGACGAACAAAGUGACGGCAUCACAGUGGAACCCGCGAACCUCAGUACGACUAAGAGAUGUGCUGAGCAUUUUCGAUAUAUCCAGCGUGUCGGAGCAUUGGGGCAACAUCCAGAAGUCCAUUAGUAGCAAUUGCUCACAGGAUUUGGAGCUUUACAUGCUCGGAUUGAAUGCAGCUAAUAUAUGGGCAGUGAAAAUGGACGAUGCUUCCGGUCAUUAUACAUCUGGCUUCUUCUAUGGAAACAACUAUUGGCUGGGAUCUCUAUCGCUAUGUGAAUCUAUUUACCACGAAGAUGAUCAUGAUAGCUCAAAUUCAAAAUCUGUGAAAAACUCUGGUCUUCCGUUCGCCAAAGCACAUUCGCAGAUUUACACAACAGUCUACAACGAGAAUCCACCUUUUAUUCCUGGAUUCUUUGUUAUAAAGCUUUUUUUGAACGAUACGUUUCCAGCGCUUAUGACUCGAACCAUCUACGUUGGCGUUUGUUUACCUUCCAGCUGUUCAACCAAAGAAGUCAAUACUUUAGCAGAAUUCACACAAACACCCUCGGCAACACGGACGGUGAACAUUUUGGAUGUGCGCAUGCCCACAAACAGGAAGUUUAACUUGUACGAUGAUCGAACAUUUUGGAUUCUAAUAAUUGUUACAUCUUUCGUCUUCACACUUAUAACCGCUGGUACAUUAUACGAAAUAUACUUGACCCGUCGCUUGAAAGCAGCACUACGUCGUCAGGACAAAGAAAUGAUGAAUAACAGCGAAACCUCCUCUGGCAUUGGCUGUCCUUCUUCUGAUUACAGUGAUUCACUGGCUCAUGAGUCGCUCAAAAAAGAGUCCAUCAAGGAAUCCCUUAACGAACUGAAUAUAGUGCUGAACAUACCACAUGAGAUAACUGGCGGUCCUUCGAGUAGCAACAGCACUUCGGAUGAACAUCUGGAAGGCCAUCUGCACGAACCGGAAAAACUAGGCGUUUACUCCGAAUUAUUAUUAUCAUUCUCAGCUAUUACCAAUUUCAAUGCGAUCUGUGAUCGAAACGUCGGUGCAGACACUAUUCCGUCUAUACAUGGUUUACGUGCCUUUUCCAUGGCAUGGGUCAUACUAGGUCACACUUGCAUAGUGGUUUUCAAAUACUCCGACAAUAUGGAGAUGCGCAAGGAAGUGGAGAAAAAUUUCUUCUUUCAGGCCAUCACCAACGGACCAUUCAGCGUGGACACAUUCUUCUUUAUUAGUGGUUUCUUGGUUUCAUAUUUGUAUUUCCGCACGAACGCCAAAGGAAAACUUAAUAAACUCACGAAAGGAACGAGUGAGCUGGCAGCUGGUACUGCACACUUUUUCGGAUUAGUCGCCUACCGUUUUAUGAGGUUAACAGCUCCUUACAUGUUUGUGCUCGGCGUGGUGCAAGUAUCCAUGAAAUAUUUAGCAGCCUAUUCAAUAUUCGAUCCUCCGACUAUGGAUCACGAAACUUGUCCGCAAUAUUGGUGGCGUAACUUGCUGUACAUAAACACACUCUUUCCAGUAGAUCAAAUGUGUAUGCUAUGGAGUUGGUAUCUGGCCAAUGACACACAGUUUUAUAUAAUCGGUGCUAUCAUCCUAAUUAUUGGCGUACGGCAUUUCAAGUUAUCUGCAUUCACCACACUAUUUUUCUUGGUAUCGUCGUGGAUUACCACGGCAGUCAUAGCGUUUACGAACAACCAUCGUCCAGAUACUGAUGAUCCGCUAGCACUCUUCGAUAAAAUUUAUGACAAGCCCUGGACACGUCUGGGUCCUUACCUUAUUGGUAUGUCUGUUGGUUGGAUACUAUUCCGUACCAACUGUAAAAUUCGUUUACCACGUCUAACGGUAGCCACGCUCUGGGUUUUGGCCAUGCUCAACUUAUUUGUUCUCGUGUUCGGGUUGUAUCGUGCCGAAUUGUCACAGUUUAUGGCAGCCGCGUACAGCUCACUUAGUCACUCAGCCUGGGCUCUAUCGCUGGCAUGGAUUACUAUUGCUUGUUCCACAGGAUAUGGCGGCUACAUAAAUACAUUGCUUUCAGCUCCUUGCCUAUAUCCAUUCUCGCGGGUCACUUAUUGCGCAUAUCUCGUACAUCCGAUUGUCAUACGAUCCAUGGCAUUGAACACCGAUGCCCCCCUUCAUCUGGGCGGUGACACAAUGGUUAUAUUGUUCUUCGGACUCGUGGUGGCCUCGUAUCUGUUAUCGUUUGUAGUGUCGAUGUCAUUCGAAGCACCCGUCGUAACCAUGUUGAAAAUCCUGUCUCCUAGUCGAAAAAAGCGUAUCGCUUAAUUUAAGUAUUGUAAUAUAAUAUUUGUAUAUGUUUAACGUAUACAUGUACAUAUGUAUGUAUUUAAUUACUUUUUCAUUUACAUUUGACUCUUGUUCCUUAAGUUUGUAAUCAAUCAACAUGCACAACUUCAUUAAAAAAAUUAACUGUUAUACAUAUGUACACUGACAUACCGCAAGGAAAUACUCUAGUGCAAAACUUGUUCAGGCGGCUCAGUUUUAUGGCCCCCUGCACCAUUACCCUUUUUUUGUAAGACUUUUAUUACCGUUACAGUUUACCAGUAGCGAAGUAGCCUCUAGAAAUUUUGUAUUUAUGACCCAUCGCAAUACGCGGCAGUCAUCUCUUCAUAAAGUCGCGCUCAGUAUAAUCUUGCGCAACUAGUUUGCGUCUAUUUAGUGUCUGAACUAGUGAACUGUCUGCCAGUUAUCAUUUCCCUUGAGUAUAUGGUAUACACAUACCUAGAUGUACAUAUGUAUAAAAGGUACAAAUAAAAAUUUUAACUAUUUAUCCACGCAUGGACAUACAUAAGUACUUACAUACAAGGUGCGUUCCAAAGUAAACAGUAAAAAAGUAAACUCUGGUGGCGCCAUCUAUAUGUCGACUAGUGCAUUAGAAUCUGUUAUCCUUUAUCGACUUCCAGUAAAAAUUUCAUGACAUUUCAUCUAUUGGAAGUGAAGUUAUUGCGUUUUAAGUGUCAGUAUGUUUUUGUCAACGGUGCGAAAAUGAGCUUCGAACAACUUUCCCAAAGCCAACUUUAAAUUUUGUUUUAAAUUGGUAAAACUUUUACCGAAACGUUUCAAUUGAUGAAACAAGUUUAUGGCGACGAUUGCCUAUCCCGCAGCAGAGUGCAUGAGUGCGACUUCUACCUUUUCGGAAAAAUGCAUUUGCCGAUGAAAGGAAAGCGUUAUGUGGACGUGGAGGCCAUUCAAAAGGCUUGCACCGGCAUACUGGCGGCCAUACCGGGCAACGAGCUAAAACACUCGUUCGACAUGCUUUCGGACCGUGCAAAAAGCUGUAUUAAAGCAGAAGGAGACUAUUUUGAAUAAAAUUAAUUGAUUUUGUCGAUAACCAUUUGUUCUGUCUUUUUUUUAAAAGUCCUGUUUACUUUGGAACGCACAUUGUAUAUAUCAUGAACCAUUUUCGACCAUCAUUUGUGACAUUGAAUCGCAAUUUGAAACACUGGCUUUGGAUUCAGGCUAAACUUUUGAGCACUAACUUUUAAUAUUACAAUGUCAUAAACGAACAUAUGCAUAUAAAUAUUUAUUCCGAAGCUAACGAACGCACUCAUGCUGUGAACGCAGAAAUUGCAAUGAGUAUGCAUUUGAAAACUCAGAUGUACCGAUUCGAUAUAAAACCUUUAAAACAUCCGCUCAUUCUCAUUUAGAUUAGUAGCAUAAAAGUUAUAUAGCCUAUACACACAUGUCUCAGUACCUCUUUAAAAAAGGGUACACGUAGAUAUGUAUGUAUGCAUGUAUUGGUCUACAAAUUUUUUAUAUGAACAUUUUCGAUGAAAUAAAUAAAUGUCAUGAUUUAUAAGUCAAAUGCACAAAAUUAAAGUACAUAGUAAUUAUAAGCCACAAAUAAAAAACUA